AAAAAGGGAUUAGGACAUGUGUGUUGCAGGGAUGGGGGAAGGGUAAUACCCCUGUAAGCACUGACAAGACGAAGAGAUGGAAAGAGUAGUGCUGGAUAAGGAGGUUUGGUCCGGCUAAUUUGCCAGGCAGAAGGAUGCGAGUGAAUUCUCCCACCCCAGUGACACAGGAAUCCUGCUAACCACUGUCUGAAUUGGGACAAUGUACUGAGACAGGCUGUCAGGGAAAGAGACAUACAGAGAGCGCCUGGGAAACCGUUACAGGGAGACGCCUGGCUGAGCAUUAUGGGAAAGCAAUGUGGACAGGGGACUGUGGCUGGGGGCAAAAUUAGGGGCACCUAGGGGCCACAGACACCCGGGAGGCUACACAAAGGCAGUUAUUGGCACGAGACUCGGGAUCUAUAAAUUGUGUCUUUUUGACGACUUUCAAGAUCAUGGGACAUGGAGUCCAGUGAGGGAUAAUUUUACCUCAAUGUGAGGCAACAAAAUGGUGGCACGUGGAACUGACACUCUGGAUUCAGCCAAUGAAAGUCACCUCCUUUCCUCCGCAGCCAACCCCAGUGUUAAAGGAAGACCAAGCAAAAGGAUCACCCGAGGUCCCUUCGUAAAACUGGCGGAUUGUGCUCAUUAUCACUAUGAGAAUGUCAACUAUGGACCAAUUCAGCUCACCUUGUCAGAUUCACGCACUGAGGAAGCCGGUUGUACAGAAGGGGAUGUUCUCUACAUUGUACAGGUCACAUGCCAGGGUCGUUCCUGGUCCGUGUUGCGCAGUUAUGAGGAUUUCCGGGUGUUGGACUCCAACCUUCAUCGUUGUAUCUUCGACCGGCGCUUCUCACAACUGCUUGAGCUGCCCCCCCGCACUGAGCUGCCCACCCAAGGACAGCUCCUGGCCCCUCUGCUCUCUCGCUAUGUGAAAGGCCUCACUGGAAUUGUUGACAGUAACAUCAACUGUGGCCCCAUACUGAACUGGAUGGAGAUUGAUAACCAUGGCAACCGACUGUUGGUAAAUGAAGAAGCGUCUAUCAAUGUCCCUGCCAUCGCCGCUGCCCACGUUAUCAAGCGCUACACGGCCCAGGCCCCCGACGAGCUGUCGUUUGAGGUUGGGGAUAUUGUGUCGGUGAUUGACAUGCCCCCCAGGGAGGACACCAGCUGGUGGAGAGGAAAACACAGCUUUCAGGUGGGUUUCUUUCCCAGCGAGUGUGUGCAGCUGAUCACAGACAGUAAGAGCCCCUCUCCCACAGGAGAGGGGGAUGUAAAGUUGACAAUCACACCACCCCAUGGCUCCAACUCUCCCAGACCAGUCUGCAGGCGGCACGGAAAGCUGGCCGGGCUAUUGCGCAGUUUCAUGGCGUCUCGGCCCAGCAAGCAGCGCUUAAGGCAACGUGGAAUUCUGAGAGAGAGGGUGUUCGGCACCGACCUGGGGGAGCACCUGCUGAAUUCUGGAGAGGAAGUUCCCAGGGUGCUGCUGUGCUGUACCCAGUUCAUAGAGAAGUACGGGGUUGUGGAUGGGAUUUAUCGCUUGUCUGGCGUCUCUUCCAACAUCCAGAAACUCAGGCAUGAGUUCGAUAGUGAGAGGACCCCAGAUCUGUCUCGGGAUACAUUCCUGCAGGACGUGCAUUGUGUCAGCUCUCUGUGCAAAUUAUACUUCCGUGAGCUCCCGAACCCGCUGCUCACCUACCGUCUGUACCAGCCCUUCACUGAAGCCAUGUCAGCAGUCACUGAGGAGGACAAACUGAUCCGUGUUCAUGACCUUAUCCAGCAACUUCCACCCCCUCACUACCGGACACUCGAGUACUUGAUGAAACAUCUGUCCCAAUUAAGCUCCCACAGUGACCGUACAGGGAUGCAUGCUCGCAAUCUGGCCAUCAUUUGGGCUCCUAACCUGCUGCGGUCACGGGAUAUGGAGUCAGUGGGGCUGCCAGGUGCAGACGCAUUUCGCGAGGUCCGUGUGCAGUCAGUGCUGGUGGAGUUUCUGCUGUGCCACGUGGAGACCCUCUUCAGUGACACCUUUACUUCUAUUGGUCGUUGCGGCCCGAUUAGGCCUCGCUCCCUGUUGGGUGUCUGCCCAUCAGGGCGUCUUGUAAGUUUGCAGGAAGCUCAGGCACGGAGCCAGAGCCAAAGAGAAGCUGCUGAGAAGUUGGGCACAGAGAAGUCAUCUCCAACCAAGGCUGAGAGGGGGCUGGAGAACAGCGAGGAAAGGAAGGCUGGACGUGGCAGAAAGAAAUCAGGAGGCGGCACCAGCUGGAGAACGUUCUUUGCAAUUGGAAAAAACUCUUCGCACAAGAAGUCUCGUCUCGGUGGUAUGGAGAACAGGGUGGUCCACCAAAGAGUCUCAGACACGGUCACGUUGCGCUCGGCUAAAAGUGAGGAGUCUCUGUGCUCUCACACCAGUGGAACCGGAUUGCAGAGAUCCUCACGUCUCCGACGCCCCAGAUCCACAAGUGAGGGUCUCACCACCCGACUGCCACAUUUUCGUUCUGUGGAGAGCCUGGGGCCUUCUUCCCCUCCCCAUGUGCCGUCUCCCCCAGCUUCAGCCCGGCCCCAGUCUGCCUGGAUUGAGGAAGACCUUGACCUCUCCCCUCCUCUCCCUGACGCAGAUGGUUUGGGCUUUGACCCUCUAUCCUUUCGCCUCUCUUUCUCUGACCAUGAAGAAGUCAAGUCCCCAGUUAUAGUCCGGGCAGAGAUAACAAGUCCAGCGGUGGCUAAAGCCCUCCCCCGAGGGGUGAGCCUGUCCCCAACAGCUGGGUGCUCCCCUUCUCCUACACACAGCCCCCCAGAGAGACUGGUUGUAGAUGGGCAAAGCCAGGGGCCCCGUGGCCUGUCCCCCCCACCCCAGAUGUUGUCCCUGUUGCUCCAGUCCUGCCAGCAGCAUCUCAGUGAUAACAGUGUGCGAGAGGUGAAAGGAAAACUGACUGGGGCCCCUGGCCAGGAAGAGCCGCACAAUAAUGUGUCUCCCCAGCAGUCUACGCAGCCUCCUCCGAUGUCUCUUUUGCGUCAGAUCCCCCCACCCCCUCCUCCUAAAGAUCCGGCACGGCUCAUGGCUCUGAAGUUGGCAGAGAGUGCCCAGCGUGCCCUGCAGGCCUCCACAUCAACCGGCACAAUUCCAGCAAAGACUUCCCAGCGACCUGUGCCCAUUAACCCGCCCUCCUCGGCAUUCCGGCGCUCUCUGUCCAUGGAGUGCAGUGAAACCACGGUGCCACGGGAGGGCAUUUUGUUCUCUGAUCUCCGCCCCCCUGAACUGAACACCAAUGAGAAAAGCAUUGGACAGCAUCGGCCUUUGAAACUGCCCGCCCACAACACUCUGGCCACCAGUUCCUCUCCAGCUGAUGUCAGGAAGCCCACACCUACAGGAAUCCCUCCUACUCAUGCUCCUCGUCUUCACACACGUUCAGGAAGCCUCCCCGUUCCUCCGAACCUUUGCCCACCCAGAGUUCGCCCUCCCCCAUACCGAUUCCCAGAAGAUGGACCCAGGCUGCCUCAUCAAUGUUCAGCCCCGCCUUGGACAGAACCAGAAGGUCUGUACUAUGAGAUUGUCGGAGAUCCUCCACAUAUGGCUCCUCUUAAUACAUCAUAUGGCCUAAUCCAGCCACCUUGGCCUCAUGGGAGCUCAUCACAACCCCAUCCAGGGUUUGGGAACUGGUAUGGUGGAAGUCAUGGUACUAAUCCAGAAGUUGUGGCCUAUUCACGGUGGGACAGGGGUCUCCACCCGCAGCUUCGUCCUUACAUGGUUGGAGCAGGAGUCCACUAUCAAUAUGUGAGGACACCAGAAAGUGGUUCCCAUGUUCUUCCGUUGGGGAAAAGAGAGGAACCAAUAUACGUCAACCUUCCACUCAAGGUGGAACGAAGGGAGCAACAUGAUGGAACUAAUGAUGUUGCUGCAUUGAAACCAGAGUUGCCCCAGAAACAGCACCCUACCAAUCCAUCUAACAUGGGAUAUCAUGAGAGUGCCAGAGGGGUAACACAUACACAAUGGCAAGUGAGACACCCACAUUUACUUCGGAGGGAAGCGUCACUUAGCUACUUCCGCCCUCCUUCAUCUCACAAAGCAAUGUGGGGGACACAGCCUAAAUUUCCAGAGGGUAGAGAAAACCCCAUCUUUGCUUAUGAGGCUUCAACAGGAGCAGGACAGAGGAUGGGACAUGUGCACCCUCAUUGCCUACUUUCAGAGGAGGGGAUGUUAUAUGGGAACCUGGAACAAAGAGGGGUCCAACACCGGUCAGCCACUCCAGUGGGGCCACCUGGGUUCCUCAGAGCCCCAUGGACAGUUCAUUCAGAGGGACAGACGCGAAGUUAUUGCUGAGAAGGGUUGAGAUUUUACAGGAAUGAGUGAAAUUGAUCACUUGUAGGUCACCAAGAGUUAUCCACCUCAGAAGUGGUGGAUAUAAGGGUAACCGGUGCUCCUCCUUAUUGAUAAGGGGCGCUGAUGGGCUUUGUGCUCAAUCAAAUGGUGGUUUGGUGAGAAGCAUGUACUCCGAGGCAUUACAACCAUCUAUGUAUUCCCUGUCUGGUAUGCUUCCAAGAGUCUUUAACUUGCCGGGCAUUAGUGGCUGCCGAUUAAUGGUCUAAAAAUAAGAUAGUGUCCUUACUAGUGGUGCUAAAAUAAAAUAAAAGCCAGGGGGUAUUGGAAUAGGCAAUUACCACUAUGAGACUAGAGCACUAUGAAUGAGACAUUCACCAGGUCUGGAAAUAUCAUCCUGACUUCCUGAUCCCACCAGGAAGCUUUAUUGGUCAUGUCAUGGCAAGUGAGGUGGGGGGUUAUCCUAGUGUUGGUGCCCAGAAGGAGUACGUUGUCCACUUAUGGGUGCUUCCCAGAACUUGGCUAGAGGUGCCCACCUGCACAUCAGGAAAGAAAUUAGAGAACAAAAAUCUAUAGGCAGGGAUUCCCAGAAGGUCUCAGACAUAAACCUUAGCGGGAAGGGGGAAAAAUGCUGUUUUCCUCCAAUUUGGCACCAAUAAUACUUGGACCCAGGGUGGUGGCCUACCAUAAACUGGUCUUUGUUGGCCAAUACUGUUUAUAGGAAACUGGCAUGCCCCGUUCUUAGAGCUCAAUGUAUAAUCUUACCAUAUCAUUUGGACAGAGGGCUGUGUUGCACAGCAGUAAAGAGCCUUGAGCAAGACCAUGGCUUCUGCAACUGAUACCCAGCACUUAUAUCAAACUAUUAUCUGGCCUUCACGCAACAUAACAUCCCUUUACCCCACUCCUUCUAUUGCCUUUAAGUGCACUCUGUAGCUUAAUGAGAUUGCGCUCUUGCUAUUCGGCUCUUGAUGUUGAAUUAUUGUUCUUCAAUGACAUUAGGAAGAGCAUUGCUGGCAGUUGGAGAUGCCACUUAAUGUGUCUAAUUGCUCAGAGUGAAAUGCAGAGACAAAACCUCAGUGGCGGCUGAAAGUCUUACAUAAGAAAAAAAAAUACUUGGUGCUGAAGUUAAACAGAGACAACCACUGGGCAUGAUUCAGCACCCGCAUAAAGGGACAUGCCUUAAAAUUCAGAAGCAGAAGGGUUUCUUCUAUGACUUUCCCAACAUUAAAAGGGGAGUAUGAAAUUGUAGCUUAUUGCAAAAUCUGCCAUACCGCUUCCCAGGGAGGUGCCUCAUACAGUACUAAAGAAAACAACAUGGCAGCUCCCGUCUGUAUAUAUAAAAGAAGGACCGGUCUCUGCAUGCAGCAAGCAAAGCACUUACACUUCUCCUUCUUCUUACUGGUCAGUAAUUCCUAAAGCCUUACAGGGGGCAGUAUUGGGCAGGCAGUGGCAGUUUUUGGAGGAACCAUUUAUGCCCCGUGCCCAAAACUGCAUAGAAGGAGACACUGGAAACAGUUGAAUUUGUGCAAAAGGAUAGAGAAUAUUGGUGUUUUCACCAACCAACCCUUUUAUAUCAUUUGUAUUUAAUACAUAAAAGGGACUCAAAACCCACAACUCUUAAGAGAACGGCCAUGGGCACCGCCUGAACCCCAGUCAGUGGCUUUUAAUAUGUAAAAUAUAUUGUGUAAAGAAAUAAAGGUCAUUCGUAUACAUAGGGUGCAGUCCUGCUCAUCUCAGAAAUCCGUGCAUUAUUAUAUUGUGAAGGGCACAUGGUCCUUUAUCACAGACGCGUAAUUGCCGACCACUUAGGCGAAUACUGAUUGCAGCUUAAUAGGACUUAAUGAAUAAACCCAUUAGUGCCAGACAGAGACGAGACGUCCACAAAUCCCAUUAGUUCUAAACAGUUGAACUGCAGACCCAUUAACAGUAUUUGGAAUAAGUGCACCGAAUCCCAUAUUCCAACCCCUGCCAUGGGAGUUUUCCCCCUAUACAUAUAUUAUACAUAUAUAUAGUAUUUACUCAAGCCUACAGAUCAUAAUGUAAAAAAAUAAUUUUUUUUUUUCUGUUUGCACAAAGUACUUCCUGUUCUACUGGCCAUGACCCUUUGAGUUCCUUAAAUAAAAAUUACCCCUUCAUUUUUGACAAGGUAGAAUAUAAUCAAUAGAGUCAUAAAAAACCCAUAAUAUGACAUUUAUUACUAAAAACUAUGAAAAAAAAAAUUAAUUUCUGCUUACAGGGAAUAACUUUCUGGUCUACUUAGAAUUUCAUUUGAAAACUCCAAAAAAAAAAAAAAAAAAUACGGCAAUUAAAAUCAUAGUUGGUAUUUUAUUUAUUUUUUUUCAAUUCCUGCAACAACGUCUGAGCAACAUAUUUGCUGAGACAUUGUGUGAGUGGGUGGAUUCAGUCUGAUUGGCUGCAGUAUCCAAGUGUUCAAACCUUAUUAAGUACUCACAGAUUGUUCCUAAUUAGAAAAUAGACGUGUCAUUGCUGGAAAAUAUCAUUUUCGGGUAUAUUGUCAGAAAUUCACAGCCAGUUGAGUAGCUGUAGAAGAAGUAGGCCCUGUAGCUCCUGGGGGCCCCAGAAAGUAUAGGGGCCCAGGUAUAGUUGGACAGCUAAGGGGGACAAAUUAAUAGCACUUGUAUAGCAGUUGCGUCGACACAUCCCUUAUAAACAAGAGAGUGAGGUUUUAGCCUUUGAUUCCACCACCUUUAGAACAGAUGUUUUCACAUAUCGGAUGCAAUGUGAACCCUCCGGUUUUCAGGAAAUCGUUUAGCAAGACCAGUUCCGCAAGCUCGUCUUUCAUCCCUGAAGCUCACAAUCUGUCAGUGUCUAUAAAGGCCGUGCUCCUUGUGUGUUACUGCCUGCAACACUUCAUAUUUUAUUUCCUUUAUCCUUUUUUUUUCCUUUACAUAAGUUUUUGGCGUUUUGUACUUAAAGGACAUGCAGCUCCAAAAAAAUAAAAGUUUGUCUAAUGAAAGGACGUGUAAUUCUAAGUAACUUCUCAAUAUACAUUCAUUAAAAAAAUCCAUUUGUUUUAAAGUUAUGUGUAAAUAUCAUUGCUGUUGACAGUUGUGUGUGUUCAUCCUUUUUUUACAGUCUCUUGAAACAUUGUAUCAAGUGCCAGCUGGUCACAUGACCAGGCUGAUUUCUGCUACAUUGUUUCAAAGGAGUGUGAAAAGGGAUGAACACGCACUGCUUUCAAUGGCAAUCACGUUUACAAAUAACUUUAUAACCAAUUAACUUUUGUAAUGAAUGUAUAUUGGGAAGUUACUUAGAAUUACAUUUUUUGUCCAUUUGUCAAAAUUUUAUGUUUGGGUUUACAUCCCUUUAAAUUGAAUGGCAGUAUAGGCAAACAGGCACUAAUGUUUUUGUCAAUCGCCUAUAUGGAUAAUCAUAUACCUGUAGAUUGAUAAUUGUGACCCUGCAGGGAGUCUCAGACAUCUCAACGGGGAUUAUGGGCUUCAGUAGCAGCUGUAAAUAUUGUGAAUAUUUGGUAAUUGUAGCACAUGGAAUUGGAGUUUCCUGUUCCUAUUGGUUUUAUUCAUUGUUUAAACUUAACUGUGGAUGUUUUACUGUACCGUUGGCAAUGUGGGUACCCAAGGGAUCAGAAUGCAUGAGAAAGGAAUACAUUACUUUUAAAGGGGAACUAUUCCACCAGUCUGCAGUCAGUAUAAUCUACUAUAUGACUGAUAGGAACUGUAACAUCAAACCAGGAACCACAAAUACCACUAUGGUCAAGAACUAGCUUGGUGGAUGAGGCUGAACUCCCUGAGGAUUCUAGGAGGAUACUUGCCUUGAAUUCAAGUGUAAAAUAGUAUAAAUUCAGGGCUGGCAGACAGCACCCAAGGGACCCCCUUUCUCCACACCAUGUGACACAAUCCUGGUGAUAACGUUUCUCAUGCUGAAGUUAGCGGGAAGGCUAAACUCCAAAAUCUUUCUGAUGGGAUUCUUGGGAAGGCAGUGGAAUAGUAAAGGGAAUGCAGUAAUGUAAAUAUUGUAAUUUUCUUUUAUAAAUUAACUCCCUUCAUGCCAGAGGGGUGCACAACAUGGUUUAUUUAUAAGGAGGUCCAGGUCCUUCUUGGUUUAUUUUUGUCUUUGUACCCUCAAACUGGCUUUGUUGGUUCUGUUGGAAUCUGAUUAACACACAUUGUGGUAACAUUCUAUGAUGUAAUAAAACGUCUUAUUAAAAGA